GCGACGGCGCUCUCUACCGGCGACCUCAAACAUUACGCAAUCGUUGCUUGUUUCCUAGUGAUAAUGUGGUGCUUACACACAGUGCGUGCACUUAUUGACACUAUGUAAUGACAUCGUCACAGAACGGACCAGUAAGGAAUUCUAUCCGUGGACAACCACAGGUUGAACAGUUAUGUGUUAGUGAUAUAACUCGUGUGUUAACCAAGUGAUAAUAUGGUGACUGUGUACUCUAUGAUUUUAAAUAAUGCCAGUAUGUUGUGAAAUGACCUGAGGCGCAUCGCUUCUCGGAACGUUGAAAUGAAAAGAGAAAAAUACAAGACAAUUUCGUCAGAUAUUGGGCUGGGUGAGCGAUGAAGGGGUGGUUUGAUGCUUUCCGCGAGGAAGGCGGGCCAACCCUAUACGCCUAUCACAACCGCACCGCAGUCGCCGCUGACGUCCCGGCGCUGGCGCUGAUCCUUGCUGCUGUCACCUUGUACCUCGCGUUCCUCGCCAUUUUCCCAGGCAUCAGGAAGGAGAGAUUUUCAACAUUCACAAUAGUCACAUUGAGUCUGUUCGUGGGUACAGUAAUCCUAGUAUGCAAGCACGGAUCCUCCUGGCACGUAGCGGGCGCGCGAAUCGCCCGCGCAGCCUACCGGGCAUUUUCUCCGGAACGCCUCGACUGUUGGCUGGCGAUACAUGUCGGUUUGGGACACGUCAAUGUUACGCUCACUGCGCUAUCAUGGGGCAACAUAACGCACGGUGACCCAGGCGUCGACUAUAACGAGCAAUUUCGAUGGGAAGAAGCCGGUGCGAUACAAGAAUGGUAUCGAGCUGGUCUGCUGCGCGGUCUGCCGUACCCUCUCCUCUCUGUAGCUGAACAUUUUGCUGUGGAACAUGAAGGAUUCGAGUGGGGAGCUAAAUAUCGAGCAGCUGGAUACACAACUACUACUCUUCUAUGGACGGCAUUCGCGCUAUGGUUGAUUAUGAACCUACUACUCGUGGUCGUACCGAGAUACGGUGCGUAUGCGAUGACAGUUCUCGGAGUGACAUUGUGUGCCGCUGCCGGAGGGUACUGGGCAUCGUUACCUCACGACCCGCUCAUAGUCAGAUUAGAUGGAGCUAUGCUGUUCUUCUCUAUGGGAUGGUGCUUUUGGCUAGUCCUUAUAGCAGGUUGCAUUUGUCUAGUUGUAGGAUUACUAAUAGCCGCACUUGACCUAGUGUGGCCGCACAGGUUCUCAACAGUAUUGGAGGUAGAUUACGAUACUCCAUACGACCGACACGUGCUUAUUGUGGACAGUCGGCAAAGAGCCCGACCGCAAGCACAAGCUUCGCUGCCUACUAGAAUAUUAAGAAGACUAUCAUCAAAAACCCGCGACCCCGAGCGGCAGGUGUCUAUGUCUAUAGUUAACGAGAGCCGAGGCCGGGACAAUCCCGCAUACCAGCAUGAACAACGGAAACCUAACUCACCAUGGAGGUAUCCAUUAUUUAGGAGGCAAAUUGAUCGUGCGGAUUCUGCGUCGAGUAUAGGAUCAAGUAUAAAUGGGAACAACUCAGGAAUAAAGAUGUCACCACUAGCCACGCAGUCAACUCCCGCACAUAGGUACAUACCGACUAUUUCGUCCUCAAGUACCGGCGGCAGAACGAGUUAAGGACAUGUGGUGAUAGAAAAUAGCUCUUCCAAUUAAACAAAUAUUCUAUGUAUAUUAUAGUAUUAGAAAUAUUUAAAGGAAAGUGCCAACUUCACAAAACUAGAAAUCUAAAAAUAUCAAUGUCAAGUAGUAACCCUGAAACGAUUGCAUCUCAAUGAUUAUGUUAGGAUUGUAAAUAUGUAAAUUAUUGAUUAGAAUUUAAGUAUUAAAACGAUAAAGAUUCAAUCCAGUGUCAUAAGUUAUAAUUCUCUUUAUAUCUAAUUUUGACCCUCUAAGAAAAUAAACAUAAUAUUAUAGGUAUACUAUCAUUCCACAAAGAUUCCUAAUAAAUUUGAAAGGCCUUUAAAUAAGUGAAAUAUCUUUUAAUAUGGAUUUUAGAAUAAAGGACGACACAAAUAAGUACUUUGUGCCAUUUCCGAAAAUAAAUCGUUAAAUACUCUUUGAUGAAAUGUUACUGGUUAUUUAGAACCUGUUUUAAUCGAAUGAAUAUUCGACUACCUAUUAAUUAAUGAUCGUAAAUACUUUGGGCAAGCUUUUUUAAUUUUCAAAAGAUAUUUUCUAUGAAUUAAAACUUCUUUAACGUUAUCACAAUUUUUUUUUUUUUCGUAAAGAUGCUCUACAUUACCGCUCGCAUUACAUUGUUUUUUUUUUUUUUUUUUAUUAUAAAAAGACUUUUACUAACAAAAUAAUUGUUUCAGUAUUAAAUUUGAAAUUAUUGAUUAUUAAAAUAGGAUUUUGAUUCCAUUAAAAUCUAAAUAGGUAUGUGUACCAGUUAUUUCGUAUAAUUUUUAAGACAACACCAUAAUAUUUUACCUAAUAAUGUGAUUACAAUUGUACAAACUUACUUUUAAGUGUACGAGAAAUAUAAAAAAUCUCAUAGCUUAAUUUUUAAAGUCAUUUAUUUAAGGAAUCACAUUUAGAUAAGUUAUUUAUUUAAUAAUUUGUAUUACUUAUUGUAAUUUUAAAAAUUCGGUGGUCAUAAAAUCACUUGACGAGUUAAGGGAAACUACGUUUUGUUUUGUGUAACUUCAAAGUGUGUAAUUUUAGGAUGAAAAAGUGAGAAAAGAAAAAAGAGAGUACCUAUUUAUUGUGAUGAAUAAAUUGAUGUAAAAACAA